AUGAAAACAGUGAGCAACACAGAAUUCGGCUGCAAGGUAGCAUGGAGCGAUCAAUUAGACCACCAUAUACUCCGCACUCCCGGUGAACACACACACCGAGCGAAGUACGAGUUAAAUCCAACAUCAAAACAUAGCUACUCUGGCCUGCUAAAUUAUAGACAUCUUAUUAGUUUCCUGGCCGUUCAAUCGUCGGAGCAUCGGAAGCUAUACGACCUGAGGCACCCCAAACCCCGAAAGAUCAGCAAUACUACUGGUGAAUUUCAACAGCAAGCACCAACACACGCUCCUCGCACACAUUCGGCAUCUAGAAUCAUCAUGUGCAAUGGCGACGCGGAGAUCUCAGGCUUCCUAUAG